UGUUCAGCGAUCACUGCCGCACGAGCGUUGAACCCGUCCUGUCGGCCCCCAGAGUGUGUCUCUCGCAGGUGGGGAAUGUGGGCCACACGAAUCUAUCUCCAUUAGACUGUGUGGGAGAUACACGCUAAGCUUACACUCCCAUCUUCUUUGACGCGCCUGUGGAAUGGUCGGCCUACACGCCCAUACUGCUGCUACCAACACGUAGACUCAGCGCGAGUGUCGUACGUCGGCUGAGUGUUGAGAUCCGACGGGAGAGGAAACGGAAGUGUCAGCGGCGGGCGCAGUCAUCGUCGUCGUCGGCGGCGGCUCCUGACAUCGACCGACGACAGCAGCGAUGGCGGUGACGACGUUGGUGAUGCUGACGGCGGCGUUGGCGAUGGUCUCCGGGCAGGGAACAGACGAGCAGAAUCUGGCUCCGUUUCUCGAUCUCUGCUGCGACAUGGAAGCAUUCUCGCUCGCCGAAAACACGCCAGUCGGCGCCACCGUCUACACGCUCGUCGGCCACGAUCCGGAGGGUUCGGCGGUGACGUACGCGCUGGCGGGCACGGACUACCUGAGUAUCGACGCACGCUCGGGUGCCAUCACGCUCGCAAGACCGCUCGAUCGAGAGCAGCUGGUCGGCGGCGAUUUCAUCUCCGUCGGCGUCGUCCUGGAAGACGACGUCGGCGACGGUCGACCGAACAAUCGAUUGCGGUUCGACCGCCAGGUGGCAGUCACCGACGAGAACGAUAACAGUCCGACGUUCGUCGGCGCGCCGUACGCGUUCAGCGUCGACGAGACGACGCCAGUGGGCGCCACUGUCUUCGUCGGCAUCUCGGUGACGGACGCCGACAAGGGAUUUAACUCGGACGUGUUCCUGUCGUGCGACGGUGGCGCCGCCUGCGACUACUUCCGCGUCGUCGAGCGACGGGAGGGCGAGGGGCGGUUCGUCGGCGAGGUAACGCUCAUCAAAGCUGUCGACUACGAGACGACGGAGACAUUUCUGCUGCGCGUCAGAGCCGAGGACGAGGGCAGAGUGCCUCGCAACGCAACCGCCGACGUCGUCGUCAGCGUUGCCGACGCGCAGGACCUGCCGCCGCGCUUCUCCGGCGCCCCCUACUUCGCCAACGUGCACGAAGGCGAGAGUGUCGGCCUGUCGGUGCUGCGCGUGUCGGCGCGCGACGGCGACCGUGGCGCCCCCCGUCCGCUCAGUCUCACACUACUCGGCGACACGCUCGGGUACUUCGUCCUGACGGUGACGAAUUCGGCCACGAGGGGCGCGGUCGUCGCCGAGCUACGGACGACGGGCAUAGCGAUAGACCGUGAGUCGCCGACGAUCCUGAAUAACGGAGGAAUCUAUCCCCUCGUCGUGCGCGCGACGGAGCAGGGAGAGAACGGCACGUCGACCGACGCGAACCUCACUGUCGUCGUCAUCGACGCCGACGACAACCGACCGCUGUUCAACGCGCCGCGAUACCGCGUGUCCGUCCCUGAGCAUCUGUCCGUCGGCACGCCGCUGCCGGGGCUUGACAUCACCGUCGCCGACGCCGACGUCGGCGCGCACGCCGCCUUCACGCUGGCGCUGCGUGGAGCCGACGGGGUGUUCUCCGUCUUCCCGGACGGCGCGCUAGGCAGCGUUCCCGUGCUGAUCCGCGUCGACAACUCUUCCCGUCUCGACCACGAGAUCGCCGCGGGGAGGCGCCUCGAGUUUUCAGUCGUCGCGACGGAUCCGGCAGGCGGCGAAACGGUCGCCGACGUCGUCGUCGACGUGUCGGAUGAGAACGACCACAGGCCGAUGUUCGCGCGCGCGGCCUACGCACUCGACGUCGCCGAGAAUCAGGCUCCGGGAGCCGUCGUGGCGACGAUCGUGGCGACGGACGCCGACAGCGGAGAGUACGGUCGGCUCAGCUACCGUCUCGUCGGCGUCGGCAGCGAGCGCUUCGUCGUCGGCGAGGCGACGGGCCGCAUCGAGGUGGCGCCGUGCGCGCGUGCUCCGUGCCUCGACGCCGAGGCUAGGCGGCGCUACGGUCUCACGUACGAGGCGCGCGACGUCGGCGGUCGUCUAGCUGCCGUCCCGCUCACCAUCGACAUCGCCGACGUCAACGACAACCCGCCGCGCUUCCGCCGACCGCGCUACGAGGCGACGCUGCGAGAGGGAGCGACGCGCUUCUCGGCGCCGUUCGUCGUGCGUGCCGACGACGCUGACGUCGGCAGCGACAACAGCGCCGUCGCGUACAGCAUCGUCGCCGGCAACCAGGCGGCCGUGUUCACCGUCGACGCCCGCAGCGGGGAGCUGUUGCUGCUCAAGCCGGCGACGUACGGCGACACGCGCGACCGCGCAGGCGCGUACGAGCUGACCCUGCAGGCGCGCGACGGUGGCGUCCCCUCGCUGAGCGGCACGGCGACGGUGCGCGUGCGCGUGCGCGACGAGAACACUCACGCACCGCAGUUUGAGUUUAACAGCUACGAGGGUAGUGUCAGUGAGCUGGCGGCAGAGGGCGCCAGCGUGCUGCGCGUGUCGGCUGCCGACGACGACUACGGCGACAACGGCGCCGUGUCGUACCGCAUCGUGUCGGGCGCGCGCGGUAACUUCGUGGUCGACGCGUCGUCCGGCGUCGUCUCGGUCGCAGAGGGCGCCACGCUCGAGCGCGAGACAUCCGGCGACGUGUACCACCUGGUGGUGAGCGCGUCGGACAGCGGCGCCCCCUCGCGGCUGGCGUCGACGGUCGACGUGAUGAUCGUCGUGCGCGACGAGAACAAUCAGCCGCCGCGCUUCGACAGCGCCCUCUACACGGCCUACGUCGCCGAGCUAGCGCCGCGGGGCGCCACCGUCGCGCGCGUUGCCGCCGCCGACCCUGACGACGCGCCCGACGUCCGCUACUCGAUUGUGGCGCCGAUCUCAGCGCGCACGCCCACUGGCGACCCCUGGCGGCCGUCAGCUGACGGCUUUGACCCGGCGACGGCGUUCACUGUCGACGAGACGACGGGCGACGUGCGCGUCGCCGGAGCGCUCAGUCGACGCGUCGUGUCGUCCGUCGCCGUCACCGUCCGCGCCGAGGACCGCAACGCCGCAGCCGGCACCCAGGUGGCGCUGACGACGCUCGAGGUGUUCGUUAGGGGGCCCGACGGUGCCGACCCGGUGUUCGCUGCUCCCUGGACGCCGGAGAAACCGGAAGUGGAGGUGACGAUACAGGAAGAGCUGCCCGUCGGUCACCGCGUGCUACUGCUGCGCGCGUACGAUCCCCGCACGGGGGCACCCGUGUCGCGCUACGAGAAGCUCGCCGCUCCGGGCGGAUACCUGACGGUAGAUGGCGUCACCGGCGAAGUGACGAUCGAGCGACGCGUCGACAUGGAGGCCGACCCGCCGCUGCCGCUCACGCUCGACGUGCGCGCCACCACCGCCGAGGGGCGCCACUCGUUCGCGACGCUCGUCGCGCGCGUCGUCGACGUGAACGACAACGCGCCGGCGUUCGAGCGCGACGAGUACCGCGCCGACGUGAAGGAGUCUGAGCGCUCGCCGGCGCUCGUCGCGCAGGUGGCAGCACGAGACGCCGACGUGCGCGCGGGUUUCCGCGACGUCGCUUACUCGCUGUCCGGCAACGGCGCCGAAAACUUCGCCAUCGACAACGCCACGGGCUGGGUGUCCGUGUCGCCGCUAGCGCGCCUCGACCGCGAGUCGGUGCCCGUCUACCACCUAGUGGUGACGGCGCGCGACCGGCCGACUUCGUCCGUAGACUGGCUCGAGACGUCGGUACUGCUCACCGUCGCCGUUACAGACGAGAACGACCACUCGCCGAGGUUCGAGCAGCGCACGUACAAGGCAGCAGCCGUGGAGAGCAUUCACACGCAGGGAACCAUCCUGCAGGUGGUCGCCAGCGACGAUGACGAUCCGAGCGCCCCCUACGGGCAGCUCCAGUACUCGAUUGGCUACCGCGGGAAUACGGAAAACAUGUUUUCGAUGCGGUCGAGCACCGGCGAGGUGUUUGCUUCCACGGAUCUCAUCGGGAGGGCCUCACCUCUGCCAUAUAUCUUCCAGGUGAAGGUAUGCGACAAAGGUGACCCGGCCAGGUGCGACAGAGCGUCGGUGAGUGUCACCGUCGGAAGCGUCACCUCGAGCGACGGACGACCGCGGUUCCUGUCGCCGUCAGGGGGCGGUGCGACGGUGAGCAUGAGGGAGGAUUCCCCGCCAGGGAGCGUCGUCUUCACAGCCGUCGCCAUCAACAGCGACGACCUUAGCACGGUUCAAGGUCGCAUCAGGUAUAGUUUCCAAGAAGGAAUCCACCGCGAGGAUCACCGGCUGUUCCGCAUUGACCCCGACACAGGGGUCAUCACCACGGCAACGCAGCUCGACAGAGAGACGCGACAGAACGUGACGUUGUCGCUGCUGGCGUCUGACGGCGGACAUCCGGUGCAACACGCCACGCAGACGCUCACAGUCGUCGUCACAGACGUCGACGAUAACUUGCCCUCGUUCUCGCGAGAUGGCGCCACGCUCACGCUGGAGGUGAUGGAGAANGGUGACAGCCACGGAUGCGGACCUGGGAGGCAACAGUCGCAUCUACUACUACCUUGUCUGCGGCAACGACGACCACAAGUUCAGCAUCGACACGACCAGCGGCGUGCUGCGCGUCGACGGAGACCUCGACCGCGAGACCAGCGCCACCUACAUCGUCUGCGUACGAGCGAGCGCCGUGCCUCAGGGAAGAACGAGAAGGCAGACGAUCGAGGAGGAGGAGGAGGAGGAGGAUACGGAGGAGGAGGAGGGGAGGGGCUUCCGCAGGGGUACGAUGAGGAGGACGGCAGCGUGAUGCUGGUGAGGAUCGAGGUGUUAGACAGGAACGACCACGCGCCCAGCUUCCGGCAGCAGACGAUGAGCGCAGUCGUGCACGCUGCCGCCGCCGUCGGCACGUCCGUCACCAGAGUGCAGGCAGACGACAAGGACAUCGGUAGGAAUGCGAACAUCUCCUACUCCAUCAGAGAGAUCAGAUUCGUACACGAGAAACGCGCAAACGAACGCGAGCAAGCAAUCAAAGUAGCGCACGCAUACAGGUGAGCUUACCUGUAGAGCGCGGGGACUACCGCAGCACGGCCUUCUAUUCCCCCCAUCUCUAUUACGCGGGGAUUAUUAUU